GCCGACUGUGCGCUCCGCUGCCCUCGCUGCGCCGCCCGCCUCGCCCAUGUCUCAGUACGCCCCCAGCUCGGACUUCAAGACGGCUUUGGACAGCAGUCCCGAGGCCAACACUGAAGAUGACAAGACCGAGGAGGACGUGCCCCGGCCCAAGAACUACCUGUGGCUCACCAUUGUCUCGUGUUUUUGCCCCGCGUACCCCAUUAACAUCGUGGCUUUCGUCUUCUCCAUCAUGUCUCUGAACAGCUACAACAAUGGAGACAUUGAUGGAUCCAGGCGACUUGGGAGGAAUGCCAAGUGGGUGGCCAUCGCCUCCAUCAUUAUUGGCCUUCUCAUCAUCGGUAUUUCCUGUGCAGUUCACUUCCUAAAGAGCAGCGCCUGAGCAGCCAGCAGCGGCCGAACACGGAGGUCGGACCUCAUCCACACACACCCUGAAGGAGUUGCUAAGGAACGGAUCCCUGCCUUCCGACUGUGAGAUCUUCUCCUCCAGGACUCUCCAGAGGCAGGUCCCUGGCUACUGAACUUUAAAAAGAGAGUCCAACAUGCAGGGAAACCAAGCCGCCCAGCCAGGUCAGCCAGAGUCAUUGAUUUUUUUUUUAAGGAAAAAAAAAUCGAGUCUCACUGUUUCCGUUUA